AUGCAGGCUGGAGAUGCUGCCGGCAAAGUAGACAGCUCUUCAUCGACGUUACCUAGGCCCAAAUUCAUCCGCCCCUACCCUGCCCCAGGAAGGUCGUGCAGCGUGAGGGACUUGUCAUAUUAUCAGCACAACCACGCCCGGAGGCCCUGGCCUGUCGAAAAACCACUCUUCACCCGGGAUGCAUCCCAGUUGAAGGGAACAUUCCUCAGCACCACCCUUAAAAAGAGCAACAUGGGUUUUGGAUUUACCAUCAUUGGUGGAGAUGAGCCUGAUGAGUUUCUACAGGUGAAAAGCGUGAUUCCAGAUGGGCCCGCAGCACAGGAUGGAAAGAUGGAGACAGGUGAUGUCAUUGUCUAUAUUAAUGAAGUGUGUGUCCUUGGACACACUCAUGCAGAUGUAGUCAAGCUUUUCCAGUCUGUUCCUAUUGGUCAGAGUGUCAGCCUGGUGUUGUGUCGUGGCUACCCUUUGCCCUUUGAUCCUGAAGACCCUGCUAACAGCAUGGUGCCACCCCUUGCAAUAAUGGAGAGGCCACCGCCAGUGAUGGUCAAUGGAAGACAUAACUAUGAAACAUAUUUGGAAUACAUUUCUCGGACCUCACAGUCAGUUCCGGAUAUAACAGAUCGGCCCCCUCAUUCUUUGCACUCCAUGCCAGCUGAUGGCCAGCUAGAUGGCACGUAUCCACCACCUGUCCAUGACGACAAUGUGUCUAUGGCUUCGUCUGGAGCCACCCAAGCUGAACUUAUGACCUUAACCAUUGUGAAAGGUGCCCAGGGCUUUGGCUUCACGAUUGCCGACAGUCCUACAGGACAGCGGGUGAAACAAAUACUUGACAUUCAGGGAUGCCCUGGCCUGUGUGAGGGCGACCUCAUUGUUGAGAUCAACCAGCAGAAUGUACAGAACCUGAGCCAUACGGAAGUAGUGGAUAUACUGAAGGACUGCCCCAUCGGAAGCGAGACUUCUUUGAUUAUCCAUCGAGGAGGUUUCUUUUCUCCAUGGAAAACUCCAAAACCUAUAAUGGACCGAUGGGAGAAUCAAGGCAGUCCGCAGACAAGUUUAUCUGCUCCGGCCAUCCCACAGAACCUGCCCUUCCCGCCCGCCCUUCACAGGAGUUCUUUUCCUGACUCAACAGAGGCCUUUGACCCAAGGAAGCCUGACCCAUAUGAGCUCUACGAGAAAUCAAGAGCCAUUUAUGAAAGUAGGCAACAAGUGCCACCAAGGACCAGUUUUCGGAUGGAUUCCUCUGGUCCAGAUUAUAAGGAGCUGGAUGUUCACCUUCGCAGGAUGGAGUCUGGAUUUGGCUUCAGAAUCCUCGGGGGAGAUGAGCCUGGACAACCUAUUUUGAUUGGAGCGGUCAUUGCCAUGGGCUCAGCCGACAGAGACGGCCGCCUACACCCGGGAGACGAGCUCGUCUAUGUGGAUGGGAUCCCAGUGGCUGGCAAGACCCACCGCUACGUCAUCGACCUUAUGCACCAUGCAGCCCGGAACGGACAAGUCAACCUCACGGUGAGAAGAAAGGCGGUUUGUGGAGGGGAGCCCUGCCCAGAGAACGGGAGGAGUCCAGGCUCCGUGUCCACCCACCACAGCUCUCCACGCAGUGAUUAUGCCACCUACACCAACAGCAACCACGCCGCCCCCAGUAGCAGUGCCUCCCCCCCUGAAGGCUUCGCCUCCCACAGCCUGCAGACCAGUGACGUGGUCAUUCACCGCAAAGAGAACGAAGGCUUCGGCUUCGUCAUCAUCAGCUCCCUAAACAGGCCUGAGUCCGGAUCCACGAUAACUGUGCCCCAUAAAAUUGGACGCAUCAUUGAUGGGAGUCCUGCCGAUCGCUGUGCAAAACUAAAAGUGGGAGAUCGGAUCUUAGCAGUGAAUGGCCAGUCUAUCAUCAACAUGCCCCACGCAGACAUCGUGAAGCUCAUCAAGGACGCAGGUCUCAGUGUCACCCUUCGCAUCAUUCCUCAGGAGGAGCUCAGCAGCCCAGCCUCGGCGCCCAGCUCCGAGAAGCAGAGCCCCAUGGCCCAGCCCAGCCCAGCCACCCCCAACAGCCCUGUCGCCCAGCCAGCCCCUCCUCAGCCACUUCAGCUGCAAGGACAUGAAAACAGUUACAGGUCAGAAGUAAAAGCAAGACAAGAUGUGAAACCAGACAUCCGACAGCCUCCGUUUACAGACUACAGGCAACCCCCACUGGACUACAGGCAGCCCCCAGGAGGCGACUACCAGCAACCCCCGCCCUUGGACUACAGGCAACCUCCCCUGCUGGACUACAGGCAGCACUCCCCCGACACCAGGCAGUACCCGCUCUCAGACUACAGGCAGCCCCAGGAUUUUGAUUAUUUCACUGUGGACAUGGAGAAAGGAGCCAAAGGAUUUGGAUUCAGCAUCCGUGGAGGAAGGGAAUACAAAAUGGAUUUGUAUGUGUUGAGAUUGGCAGAAGAUGGGCCGGCAAUAAGGAACGGAAGGAUGAGGGUAGGAGAUCAAAUCAUUGAAAUCAAUGGGGAGAGCACAAGGGACAUGACACACGCCAGAGCGAUAGAAGUCAUCAAAUCUGGAGGAAGAAGAGUGAGGCUGCUGCUGAAGCGGGGGACGGGGCAGGUCCCCGAGUACGACGAACCCAGCUGCUGGAGUUGUCCCGCUGCCGCCCCCGCAGGUCUGCCGGAAGUAGGCGUCGCCCUCGAAGACGUCCUCUCGCCAUUCUCUCCAUCACACACAGCCCCACCCUCCGACCCUUCCCACCAGAUAAGCCCAGACCCGACUUGGGAUAUCAAAAGGGAACACGACGUUAGGAAACCAAAGGAGCUUUCAGCCGGCGGCCAGAAGAAGCAGCGCCUCGGGGAGCAGAGGGAGCGCUCGGCGAGCCCGCAGAGGGCCGCGCGGCCGAGGCUCGAGGAGGCGCCCGGCGGCCAGGGGCGGCCCGAGGCCGGCAGGCCCUCCUCAGAGGCCAGGGCAGGUAAGGUCAGGGCCAGAGCAGCUUCCCUGCUCAACACCCAGGAGAGGCUUUUCAGCAGUAUCCUUGGCUGA